AAACAAUCAAUUCCUCUCUUCACCUUCAAACUCCUUGAUAAGUAAUCAAACAACUUCUCCUAAGGUUUGUACUUUAAAGUUUUUUAAUUUCAAAAUUUCUGCUAUCUAAAUUACUAACAAUACUGACAUGUCUACUACCUUGAUUUCUAUAUUAUAAUGAUUUUUUAUAAUUUUUUAUAAUUUUUUUUCUGGCUUUUUUUAUAAAUUGUUUUAUAUCCAUAUGAUUCUUGUUUGUUGUUUUUUUUUUGUUAUCAUCAGGAAAGUUUAAAAGAAAAAUUUGUUGAAUAUGAAUCAUCUCUUAGAUGUCUUAAGUCUUAUAGAUUUAGCCCACUUUUUAUGGAAAAUUUCUCUUCAACUACAUGGUCGAAUAAAAUUGAUUGCGAUAAAGAAUUAUGUCCAAAUGAAUUGGAUGGCAAUUGCAAUGAUCAUAACUGUGAAUUUCAACAUUUCAGAGACAUGGAGCCUACCGGUAUGUUUUUUCACCUACUCCAGACACUGAAUUCCAUUAUUAACUCUUUAUCAUGUUAUAUCAAAAUUUAAUAUUACAAUAAAUCAGCAAGUGAAAUUAUAGCAGAGGUUGCAAAAUGUUAUCCUCAAGGAGGCACUGUUGAA